AUCGGCAGCGCGGUUACAGAGGAGCCGCACUCCUUGGAGGAACGCCGUCAUCCGAGCCCCUCUGCAUCUUGGAGUGACCAUGUCCCAGGAGUCCUGCACCUUCCUCCAAGCUUCCGGUGCGCUGAGCGGUCAAGGGCCCGGACACGGCCACAGCCAUGGCGGACUCGGUGGUCACACGCACGAACUGAUGGACGGACCUGGCAGCUUCACCGAGCGCGAGGCCUUGCGGGUGAGGGACGACUGGGACCAGCGCGCCUUCACCGUUGGCGUGGGCGGUCCCGUGGGCUCGGGAAAGACGGCGCUCAUGCUGGCGUUGUGCCGAAAGCUGCGUGAGAAGCACAGCGUGUGCGCCGUGACCAACGACAUCUUCACCAGGGAAGACUGGGAGUUCCUGUGCCGUAAUGAGGCGCUGCCCGAAGAGCGCAUGCGCGCUAUCGAGACCGGAGGCUGUCCGCACGCUGCCAUCCGGGAGGACUACUCGGCCAACAUGGACUCCGUUCGGGAGCUGUCGCGCCGCUUCCGGCCCGAGCUGGUGCUGCUCGAGAGCGGAGGCGACAACCUGGCGGCCAACUUCAGCCGCGAGCUGGCCGACUACAUCAUCUACGUGAUCGACGUCGCCGGCGGGGACAAGAUCCCGCGCAAGGGUGGUCCGGGCAUCACGCAGAGCGACCUGCUCGUCGUCAACAAGACCGAUCUGGCCGAGGCCGUGGGCGCCGACCUGGCCGUCAUGGAGCGAGACGCAGCGCGCAUGCGCCAAGGAGGCCCCACCCUCUUCUGCCAGGCCAAGCACGGGGUCGGCGUUGACCAAGUGGUCAAGCUCGUGCUCGACUCGGCGUCGCAGCUGGGGGCGCCGGUCAAGGGCACGCGCUAGGGCCGAAACAAACCCCUUCUUAUCACCGUACGCUCAGUGUGAAGAUCGAGGUCAAGCGCAAGCUCGUAGUAGCCACUAGGACCAAAAUAAACCACUUGACACGGCCGCAUGCUCGUGGUCGAGCCCGUGCUCGACUCGGUGAUGCAGCUAGGGGCUCUGGUAAAAGCUACGCGCUAUAGAGCCAAAAUAAGCAAUUUCAUCCGGG